AUGUCAACGGAGUGGGACCCUACUCAAUUCUUCUGCGACUCCAGCCAACCCAUUGCUCCAUUUGCGCUGCUUGUCCUCAACCAGCCAAUCAACGAAAGAGCUUUUGCAGUCCUGAAGAAACAUGACAGCGUCCAGCAUCGCCCAGAACUAACAGACGGGAACCAGCUACCGAAUCUCAUCAUCGGCGAUCUGGACUCCAUCCGCCCCUCCGUGCGCUCGCAUUACGAGGGGCUAGGCGUCUCCGUCAUUAAGGACCCGGAUCAAUACUCAACGGAUUUCACCAAGUGUCUCAAGUACCUCCGCGCGCACGCAGCUGAGAUCAUCACCAAGCGCGUGAUUUCAACGCAGUCGCGGUCUGCGCGGCUGGAGAUUCUCAUCAUGGGUGGCCUGGGCGGGAGAGUCGACCAAGCGUUAUCGCAGAUCCAUCAUCUGUAUAUGAUGACGCGGGAAGUAGCUGGUGAGUCGGCGGCGGGGGAUCUGUACCUAAUCUCCGAGGAGAGUAUCACAUUUCUUCUACAGUCGGGACGGCACACUAUUCGCACGCCAAGAACGAACAGGCCUGGUGUGUGUCCUGAGCAGGGCGAGGAUGAAUAUUACCUUCUGGAGGAAAAUGUUGGGAUAAUUCCUCUAUCUGGACCGGCGAGGAUCACGACACGCGGAUUCCAGUGGGAUGUGGAGGACUGGUUGACUGAGAUUGGAGGCCAACUUAGUACCAGUAAUCAUAUUCGAGCCGAUGAGGUGAUGGUGGAGACGGGGGUCCCUGUUCUAUUUACGUUGGAGCUGGCGGAAAGGUUUAAGAGGAUGCGGUGA